GUUUUGGCUACUGGUUUGAGUGGUAUUUUUUCGACUCUUCCACGGAAAUUGGUAUCACUUCCUGAUUGUUCUUCCGGUCCUAUUUACUCUGGUCGACUCUCAUAUCUUUCGCAUGGUCAGCAAUUCACUGGGUUGGCCUCAAGCACUAACAGUCAUCCGGCCCCGUUAAGUACCCACUCCGCUCAGCAAUCAGACAGUCUGACUAGGGUCAACAAACCAACUGCUAAGCGAGUCACAUGUUCACCGACACCUGUCCGCCAAACCGGUAUUCUCUAUGUCGGUGGACCAGGGUGGCAUCGAAUCAGCUGGGCUGAAUGUCUGGCCAGUCCAGAGCUAAUGAGGUUUCUGGCCGCAUUGGACUUUUGCAAUAUGGCCAUUAAGGUUGUGAAAACGACAUUAGCUUAG